AUGGAGAACGCCUUUCUCCGUACUCCAGCUGAGCUGCUGGAGCACUUCAAGGUGUCUGAACAGACCGGUCUGUCCGAGAACGCGGUGCUGAAAUCCAGACAGCAGCAUGGACCAAACGCUCUUGCUGAAGAACCCCCUACCCCCAUGUGGGAGCUUAUUCUGGAACAAUUCAAGGACCAAUUGGUUCUCAUCCUUCUUGGUUCGGCCGCCGUGUCUUUUGUGCUCGCCCUCUUUGAAGAGAGUGACGACUGGACUGCAUUCGUGGACCCCGCUGUCAUCCUCACAAUCCUCAUCCUCAAUGCCGUCGUUGGAGUGACCCAAGAAAGUAGCGCGGAAAAGGCAAUUGCAGCUCUCCAGGAAUACUCAGCCAACGAGGCCAAGGUUUUACGUGAUGGUAUGACGCGCAAGGUUAAGGCUGAAGAGCUGGUCCCCGGAGAUGUGAUCCAUAUUGCUGUCGGCGACCGUGUUCCGGCUGACUGCCGACUACUCGCCAUUCACAGCAACAGCUUCCGUGUCGACCAGGCUAUCCUGACCGGCGAGAGUGAAAGUGUUUCAAAGGACAUCCAUGCGAUCAAAGAUGAACAGGCGGUCAAGCAGGACCAGGUCAACAUGCUUUUCUCUGGAACUACGGUUGUCAACGGUCACGCUACGGCUCUCGUCGUGUUGACCGGUGGCUCGACUGCCAUUGGAGAUAUCCAUGAGAGCAUUGCUUCUCAGAUUUCCGAGCCCACACCCCUGAAGAAGAAGCUGAACGACUUCGGUGACAUGCUUGCCAAGGUUAUCACUGUCAUCUGUGUCCUGGUUUGGGUUAUCAACUACGAAAACUUCAACGAUCCCGCUUUCGGUGGCUGGACGAAGGGUGCUAUCUACUAUUUGAAGAUUGCUGUCUCGCUUGGUGUGGCCGCUAUUCCCGAGGGUCUUGCAGUGGUCAUCACUACUUGCCUGGCUCUUGGUACUCGCAAGAUGGCCCAGAAGAACGCCGUUGUCCGCUCUCUCCCCUCCGUCGAAACUCUGGGCAGCUGCAGCGUCAUUUGCUCCGACAAGACCGGUACUUUGACUACCAAUCAGAUGAGUGUCGAGAAGAUUGUUUACCUGAAUGACGCUGGAAAUGGCUUGGAGGAAAUUGAUGUCGAAGGCACUACCUUCACCCCUGAGGGAAAGCUCACUCGCGGUGGUAAGGUCGUUGAAAACCUGGCUGUCUCUUCGUCCACCAUCAGACAACUGGCCGAAGUCACUGCGCGUUGUAAUGCUGCGACCAUCGCCCACGAUCCCAAGAGCGGAGUCUUCUCCAGCAUCGGCGAACCCACCGAAGGCGCCCUGCGUGUUCUGGUUGAAAAGAUUGGAUCCUCCGAUGCCACGUUCAACCAGAAGCUCUACAGCCUUCCUGCAUCCGAAAGGCUGCAUGCCGCCAGUGCUCACUACGAGUCCCGUCUUCCUCUCAAGGCUACCUAUGAGUUCUCCCGCGAUCGUAAGAGCAUGUCUGUCCUCGUCGGCGAGGGCCAGGACCAGAAGCUGCUGGUCAAGGGAGCGCCUGAAAGCAUCCUGGAUCGCUGCUCGUACGUCAUUCAGGGCGCCAAUGGAUCGCGCGUUCCUGUGACCAAGAACCACCUGAAGCUUCUCUCCGAGGAGGUUGUCGAGUAUGGUAACCGCGGUCUACGUGUAAUGGCUAUCGCAAGCGUUGACAAUGUCUCUGGUAACCCUCUUCUCAAGACCGCUACCACCAGCGAGGACUAUGCGAAGUUGGAACAGAACAUGACUCUUAUUGGUCUCGUUGGAAUGUUGGACCCCCCUCGUCCUGAGGUCGCCGAUUCUAUCAAGAAGUGCCACGCCGCCGGAAUUCGUGUGAUUGUCAUCACUGGUGAUAACCGCAACACCGCUGAGUCCAUCUGUCGCUCAAUUGGUGUGUUCGGCGUUGACGAGGAUCUCACUGGCAAGAGCUUCACCGGUCGUGAAUUUGACUCCCUCAGCGAAUCUGAACAGCUGAAGGCUGUCCAGACAGCUUCUCUCUUCUCCCGCACCGAGCCCAGCCACAAGUCUAAGCUCGUUGAUCUCCUUCAGUCUCUGAACCACGUUGUUGCCAUGACUGGUGACGGUGUCAACGACGCUCCGGCUCUCAAGAAAUCUGACAUUGGUGUAGCCAUGGGUACCGGAACCGACGUUGCCAAGAUGGCUGCGGAUAUGGUUUUGGCCGAUGACAACUUCGCUACCAUCACCACCGCCGUCGAAGAAGGCCGCUCCAUCUACAGCAACACUCAGCAGUUCAUCCGUUACCUGAUUUCUUCCAACAUCGGCGAGGUCGUCUCUAUCUUCCUGACUGCCGCUCUUGGCAUGCCCGAGGCUCUUGUUCCUGUUCAGCUUUUGUGGGUUAACCUCGUUACCGAUGGUCUGCCCGCCACUGCUCUGUCCUUCAACCCACCGGACCACGAUGUCAUGAACCGCCCUCCCCGCCGUCGCGAUGAGGCACUUGUCGGUGGCUGGUUGUUCUUCCGCUACAUGGUGAUCGGCAUUUACGUUGGUGCUGCCACCGUCUUUGGCUAUGUCUGGUGGUUUGUCUACAACCCCGAGGGUCCUGGCAUCUCUUUCUGGCAAUUGUCUCACUACCACAAGUGUGGUGCUCAAUUCCCCGAGAUUGGUUGCGAGAUGUUCAGCAACGACAUGGGCAAGGCCGCCUCCACUGUGUCCCUUUCCAUCCUCGUGGUGAUUGAGAUGUUGAACGCUAUGAACGCACUCUCCUCCAGCGAAUCCCUCUUCACUUUCUUCCUGAACAACAACCCUAUGCUUGUCUACGCCAUCACUCUGUCUAUGCUUCUUCACUUCGCCAUCCUCUACAUUCCCUUCCUCCAGAGUCUGUUCUCGAUCUUGCCUUUGAACUGGAACGAGUGGCAGGCAGUGUUGGUUAUUAGUGCACCUGUGAUCUUGAUUGAUGAAAUCCUCAAGUUCGCUGAGCGUCAGCUCUACAACACCAAAGCCGUCAACCCCGUCCACCAGAACGGCAUUGCCGGCAAGCCCAAGAUGGCUUAG